AUGUAUACUAUUAUACAAAAGAUUAAGUGGCCCUUAGUAUUAUGUGAUUUUGUUUUCAAAAAUUUUAAUACUAAUUACCGGACAUUGGAGUUAUUGAAUUUAAAAGAAUCGAAACUUGAAAAAAUUAGUAUCUGUGGUGGUGGCAUCAAGAAGUUAGAUGUUGAUCUAUUCCCAAUUUCUGUUAAAGAUUUAGCUUUAGUGGAAAUGGGGAUCCAUGAACUACCUGCUUCAUUUAAAAGAUUGAAUAAUUUACGACAGUUGUCACUAAUGGGAAAUCAAUUGAGAAAUGUAAAUUCUGUCAAAUUGCCAGUAUUAUCUUUGGAUGUUUUAAACGUACGUCAAUGUAACCUUCGUUUGAUAUCACCAUUUUUGGUUUCAAUGCUUGAGGAGAAGAAUCAGAACGCAAAUCUAAGAGUAGAGGCUACAGGAAAUUUGAAUGUGAAUAUAAAUGAUGUGAGGAAAGUAUUGAAAGCAAUCAAAGGACUCUCAUUAGAGCUCAACAGACUCAAUGAUUCUCUAUUGAAAAUAUCUAAUCAUUCUUAUCGUUUGGAAGCUGUAUAUCGUGAUUUUGAUCCUUAUUUCGAAACUCCCCAAUCUUCAGAAAAUGAAGAGGUAGUCUCCGAUUAUGAUUCAGACGACCUUUACAGUGGAAGUGUGUUUUAUCUGGAUGAGGAAGAUAAUGCAUAUAACAACAAAAAAAGAAAGGAAUGA